AUGGUCUUGCCUAGCCGAAAGAACGUUGACCGCCGCAGCCGCAAGGGUGCUGGGAAACACCGCCCCGACGUGGUGGUUCUCGAUCUGAAGAAUCACGUGCUCGGUCGCGCCGCAGCCAUCGUUGCAAAGCAGUUGCUGCUCGGAAAGAAGAUCACUGCCGUGCGUUGCGAACAGCUUAACAUUGCCGGAACAGAGAUCCGCAACAAGAUCAAGUACCUUCAGUUCCUCCGCAAGCGUAAGCUGUCAAACCCCAAGCUCGGUCCCUUCCACCACCGCAGCCCCUCUGACAUCUUUGUCCGCACCGUGCGCUCCAUGCUCCCCCGCUACACCAAGCGUGGACAGAAGGCACUCCGCGCACUCGUGGCGUACGAGGGUGUUCCCGUCAACGUUGUGCGCACCGGCGGCCGUGUGGUGAUCCCAAAGGCCCAGCGUCACUACUGCUUCCGCAGCGAACGCCCCUACACUGUUCUGGGCAACAUGUGCAAGCAUGUGGGUUGGAAGUACAGCGAGGUGGUGGAGAACCUUGAGAAGGCCCGUGUGGAGAAGGCAGCACGUCACCACAAGAAGACAGAGAAGCUGCGCGCUGCAUGGAAGUCUGCCCGCAAGGCGGCUUUGGCAAAGAUGCCCAAGAAGAACGUGGAAGUGCUGAAGAAGUUCGGCUACGCGUAA